CAACCGCUACCUAACGAGACGCAGUAAGAAAAAAUCAUCAUCUGCAGCAGCCAGUGGAACACCGAAUGCUGGCACUACGAGCAAUACCAACAACCCCACCACCACCACCACUACCACCAAUAGCAACACCAACGUUCGCCCAAGCAAUGCCGACGAGGACGACGAAGAGGAAGAAUUAACACUGACGGGUACGUCCGUCCCGUACGAUCCGGCGGUGGAUAGUUUUGCGCACCAAGAGCCAGCGCAAACGUACGCAUCGUCUUCCACCAUGCAAAAGAACCGAAUGGCGUCCAACAAAGCAAUAGGAUUCACGGACGAACCAUCGAAGUGCAACGAGGUUGUCGUCGGUUCAGCAGCAUUGCAUUUACGACCCGCCACACCAUCGGUCGUGCGGUCGGAAGCGGAUCUCAUCGGAACGCUGGCUGAAGACGACGACGAAGACGAGGACGAAGCACCGCCUCCACAAUCGCUGCAAACGGUUCCAAUACUACAACUGCAAGCGCUUCAGUUGCAUAAAACAGCAGGCCAAUAUCAACCGGCGGAUAAAUCGCAAGAGAUGAUGGUGAAAGGUACCGCCAACGUCACCGGGCCUGUGCGAAAUUGCUUUUCGCCACCUCCGCCAGCGAUUGUGGCCGUUUCGGUCGCGAACAACAGACAAACGAUGCCCCACUAUCCACCGGCGGUAACGCUACCGAAACCGACGCCCCUCUGGGCCAAUGCUGGGCCCACAACUUCAUCCGGCAGUGCGAGUAGUAGCACCAGCAGUAGCGUUAAUAUGAACACGGGCACGGUCGGUGCGAGGCAAAGGCCAUCGUCGGUAACGACGGACCUGUACUCGGUGGCGUCCACGAUCAGCGUGACCACAGGCAGUAGCUGCCCGGCCGUCGUCUCGAGCGUGCCGAUUCUUCGAACAUUUGGUGCCUCUGCUGGUUCCAAACGGCAAAACUCUUUUGGCAGCUAGGUUGCGUCUGGUUUAUUUUUGCUACUUAAACACACCCGAAUCCAUGUUGUUUCUUUUAAUAAUUUCGGACUUUUAGUCGAAGUUAGGUUGUAGGUUCAGGGGAAGAUCAGAGAUGCAUUUAUAGUUCGGCGUUAAAUUCUUUUUUCAAAUUGAUCUGUUGCAAAUGAAUUAUAGUUUACAGAUGGUUUUUUAACGUGUCUUUUUUAUUGAAUUUUUUAAUGAUUAUCUGUUUUCCAUUUCUUUGUUAUCGGUAACAAUACUUGCUGUAAUACCGAAGAAAACACAAACAAACCAAUUGCUAAAAGAAGGUGUAAUGGCUCGUGGAGAUGCUCGAAAGACAUCAUUACAUAAAGAUGAUGAUGAUGAUGAUGAUGAUGAAUCAAUGAUUGUGUCGCGACAAAACGGAAGCGAGUGAGAAAAGGAGGGAAUGAACAUAAAUAGGAACGAAAGGGGGCGAAAUGUUAGCGAACGAGAGGAUAAAAACAGAGGGAAACAGGAGAUAACAAAAUAAAAACUAGCUGAUAAGGAUAUGAACUUUCGUUGCUACAAAACGGCAACUUACACUGUGCGUCCCAGUGGAACCUAUAGUGUGCUUUUGUGCACGCCUGGUAUAGUGGGAAGAAGUACACAAACAAUAAAUAUCUACCUAUGGACGAUGCAAAGAAUGAACCGUUCGGUAUGGAGGGAUAAACAAAAGGCGCGUCAAUGGAUAGAGUAAUGGAAAUUAAAACAGCAUAGAGCCGUAUUACCGUAACAGUGUGCUACAACGGGCAA